AUGUCAAGGGCCGGAGUGCCAAAUAGUGUGACAUGUCUGUUGAGAUUCUGGUGUGGGAAUCAGAUUAACGUGGUGCGCUGGGAUGACGUGAUCUAUGGGCCGUACAAGUUAGAUUGCGGGGUUAGACAGGGAGGGUUGACGUCGCCAGUUUUGUUCAACAUUUAUGUAAAUGAUCUGACGGAGGAACUUAGCAGAGCUGCAGUCGGCUGUCAUGUCGUAGGAGAUUGUGCAAACAACUUUAGUUAUGCUGACGAUAUGGCACUGUUGAGUCCCUCUAUUAGUGGAAUGAGGAAACUUAUUGACAUACGUGAACGGCGCAUCGGUGGCGGCGGCGAGUGUGCAGAUGUGCGGCCAGUGCUGCGGCGCGUGUUCCGGCUGCACGCUGCGCCAUCGGUGCUGCCCACGCUGACACCGUGCGCCUCUGAGACGCGUCUUGACAAAGAGCACUGGAGCGAGCGGUAUGCGCCCUCGCCAGACCCCCUGCGGCAAUGCGAGAGCGCUCUACGUCGCACGGCCGCCAGCCGUUCGGCGCGUGCGCCGCCUCGCAACGCCUUUCAUCUGCGCCGCACUGGGCAUUGCCACGCGCCGCUGCGCCCCCUUGCCACACCUGCACUGGCCUCUAUCGCAACCGCCUGUCUGAACCGACACUUGCUGGGUCGCGCCGACCUCAAGCCAGCUCUGGACCAGGACGCUUGCCGCGAUCACAGCCUCUGGGUGCAGAACACGCUGGCGUGUUGCUCGGGAAACCUUAGCGAGCCGGACUUGACGCUGCGCGGCGUCUCCGGUUGCACGCCACGCGAGACGCUCUUUUUGAAUUCGAAUUAUUCUUCUGAAUACUCGUACAGCAUAGGAUCGAUAGCCCCAUGGCAUAUCUCACCGCCGACGCCGCCGCCGCCAAUCGUACCCCGGGUGGAAAUGGUCAUGUGUAUCCCGCCGCAAAUUGAUUUUAUUAAUUUUAACAUUGGAGAGCUGUACACGGCGGCGGUGCGGCUGGUAAAUGUGUCGUCAAUGGAGGUGAAGGUGUCAGUGCGCCCGCCGAUUCGGCGCGAACUGGAUGUGCAGUUGUGUGGCCGUCUCUCUAUCACCUCCGGCGCCUCCACCGAACUGCGCGUGCACUUCCGGCCGCGAGACGUGCGGCGUCUGCGCGACGAGCUCCGCGUGCGCGUCUCGGUCGGCCAGAAUAUUCAUAUUCCAAUCAACUGCUACAUGGAGCCACCCAUACUCGACGUGGUCGUAACGAACGCUGCGCACACCGUGCUUGGGCCGUCGGCGUUGCGUGCGUCGGAGAUGACGAUGGGUGGCAAUGAUGCCCCAGUGGGUGAUGUACUGGACUUGGGCGCACGACUGCUAGGCGAUACCCACCGUGUGCACCUGCUACUGCGUUGCGGCUCAGAACACGCCAGUUUUUUCGUGUUGCCAGAGGACGCCUGGCUAAUGUAUGCGCCCGCGGAGUUGACGCAGUGCGGCACGCUGUUGUGCGGCGUGUUCGCAUUACAGCCAGUCUGGUGGGGCGAAGGGCGCGGCGCGGUGAAGGGCUCCGUAUGGUGCCGAGCCACGGCCGUGGGGUUGCAGACGAUGCCAUUGCGGUUACUGUCGUCAACGGCCAUCGCACGCCCGCUCAUGCUACUAGCAGACUCUCUGUACUUCCAUCCGGAGCACGUGACAUUGCAAGCGCAAGAGAAGAACUACGACAUUUGCAGCGAUGACGAUCCGGACUGUGAGCACUACGUGAACCUUGGCGUAGCGUUUCCGGGUCGUCCUCUCUCCGCUACAGUGCAAUUGCUGAACCAUAGCCCAGUGUAUUACUCAUACUAUUGGUGUUUGCGCACGUGGGGUGUAUGCACGUGCUGGCAGGAUGAAUUUGAGGAUGGCGACUGGCUAGACGACAACGACGACGUGUGGCGAUGCAAAGGCGCGCGAUUAGCCAAAGACGCGCAUGAGCAGGCCCGUGCAGCCGGCGGAGACACGGCGACAGCGGCGGGGACGAGUCUGGACAAGGAUGCACAGUCGGUGCACGUGGAGCCGGCGCGCAGCGUGAUCGCUCCGCGUUCGACGCACGUGCAGCACGUGCUCGUGACGGAUGCCGGUGACACGCCGGGUCAGCACCGCGCCGUGCUUAUAUUGGUGCUGGCAGGAGUUCCCCAAGAGAGUUUUCCGCCGGGUUACGUGCCCAUGAUCAUCAGCGAACAAACCGUGUUAGCGGAUCCGUUUCCCGGAUACCAGCGGCAAGAGCGCGUCGUGUGUGAUGUGGUGAGCUGCCAGCUGGAGGUGUGGUGGGAAGUGGUGCCUUUGCGUUUCGUGGUGCAGCCUUCCGUAGUGGAGUUGCCGCAUUCCCGCCGCGUGUCAGAAGUGACAGCGGCGGUGUGUGGCGUUCAGCUGUGGGGUGCGAGUGGGAUCACUGCACGGUGGACGGGACUCGCGCAGCUGGCGCCAGCGUUGCCGCGCGAACUGCAUCUAUCGCCCACACACCCUGCACCCGCACAGUUGCGCCUGACCCUGCAGCCGCAGGCUGACCACUAUCCUGUCGAAGAUAUCAUCGAGCUGACAGCUCCGGGGGACGAGUGGCGGACGGCGCUCCAUGUGAUUCGCGCGAGCGACACGCGACAUCCCGCCCUCUUUCCGACCCACUCGUGGCUGGGUUUGGUGCAGCCGGGCGCACAUCUGCGCUCUGAACUCACCCUGAUCAACAACACGUAUCAAAGUAUUUGCUGGUGGGGAAGUGCGUGGCGCUGGUGGCGCGAAAACGCACCGCACGAAGUGUGCGUCGAAAAGUCGUGCGGGACGUGCCACGAUCGCCACUGCACUUGCGAGCUGCUGCGACCCACGCGCGGCGCCCUGCUGCACAACGCGCAGCAACAACUCGUUUAUGACGUAAAAGCGCCAGAUAGCGAUGGCUGCGUAGCGACACUGGUGGCGGUGAGACGCACAGUAUGCGAUCUGGGUGUGCUGAGAAGCGCGCCCGGCGUGGAAGGUCGCGCGGCGCUGCUGGCCUACCGCGUCAUGGCGCCAAUAGUGGCACUGCGCGUGCAUGUCUGGAACGAGGCUGACGAUGGCUGCCCGUCGGCAUGCGGCUUUAACUGCGACCUGGACUGCGCCAAGUUGUGCCGGCACAGCGGGUCGUGCAUAUUGCGUCCUUCCAGUGUACUACGAGUUGGCUUGCGUUCCUGCUACCGUCUGCAGCUGCACAACCAGACUCCACAGCGCACGCGCGUGCACUGGGAGCCGGCACCAGAAGUCGACGAGUACCUCAAAAUUACUUUUACACCAAACACUGUGGAGCUCAGGGGUUACGCUAAAGCGGAAGUGAGGCGAGAAGUAUUCCCUUGGGAGGCUGACAGCCCAAAGCCGACUACGCCAGAAGAAAUAUUUGUGAUGGAAGACUUGAAGAGGAAAUUUCGCCAAGAGAACAUAUGUCACUGCCCGACGCACUUGAAGUACGUUCCGCCGAUGAAGGAGCAGCACAAACCGCCCUCCAGCUCUGACGAAUCCUACUAUUCGAUCAUCGAGAUUCUGACGUCACCACCGGAGCUGACUCGUCGGUGUUUGUGCCGCAAGUGCGGUUCCGCCGCCGUUAUGCCCGACGCUGAGCACCCCUAUUGCCUGCAGUUUUGGCGCAUGCCGCUGCGCACUGUGUGGUCUCGAGAGAUCGCGCUGCGCAACAUGUGCCCAUUGACGGUGCGGUGGCACGCCUCUGUGCGUUAUGCGGAGCGCCAGCCCGUGCGUACACUUGCCACAGAUCCGUGGGCGGAGACGGUGCGUGAUCCAGGGCUAUCGGUGCAGGUUUCGCCUGCUCGCGGUAUUUUGGCAGGACAUGCUCGCGCGGUCAUCACCGUGCGCGCCUACGCUGACAGCUUUGGCAUCUACAGAGAUCAGAUACUACUACAGGUGGAGCACUUGGCGCCGGUAGUGCUGGACUUGUGGGCGGAAGUGGUGGGUGCGCCGUUGCAGUUAGCGCUGCGUCCUGGCGCGGGCGGAGUCGUCGGCUGCACUUCCGCUUCUGACGACACCGCGGAUGACGAAGCGCCACCAGUUCUCUGGCUGUCGUCAUCAGAUCCCGAGCGCACGCUGCGCGCCAAGAAUACUUCUCGCGUUGCACUCUUCGUGCGCGCAUAUCUUACCCAGGAAUACGCUGGGUCAAGCGUGGUUGAAGAAUCUGCCAGCAGCAGUCUCCCCAAAGAGGUUGACACUGGCAUUGAACUUUAUCUCUCGCCAGACUACGGACCACAACAGGAGACCCACUUUCAGGUCUUUUCACACUUCUAG